AUGGAGCAUUUCAACACACUUAUUGAUCAACAACAAGCUAUAGGAGCUGAGAUCGAGAGGAUAAUCAGCAACUUCAAGAAGGAUCCAGCCUCAAGGAAGACGAAUCGCUAUUAUCAGGAUAGAAUUCUACGGUUAACUGAACAAUGGUCAAGGUUAGAGAAGAACCACAACACGUUAUUAUCUUGUAAAGCUAUGGCUGAAGAUACAGAAGACGAGUAUUUCACCACGGGCUACUAUGAAAAAAUGACUGAAUUGACAAACAAAUACUUGGGUAUUUUUAACAAGGCAUUAAUCGAAAUGCAAGAGGUAGAAAAUGCUCAGGAAAAGCCGCCAAGGCAACACAAUCAAAAUCCAAUGCAGCUUCAACAAAAUGAAGAAAUAUCAAGAGUGUUGCGUAAUCAACGAGCACUCAUAAAUGUCAUUGACAGAUCCAGUCAAGAAAUUGAAAUGGCAAGCCAAGAAUCUCAAAAUGAAGUUUUUUAUUCUUGCAAGCUUGCUUUGAUAGAAGGUUAUCACAAAGCAUUCGAUAACAACAAUGAAAAAAUAUGGAAUUCUACAUCAGAAGAAUUCAUUGAAGGGUACUCCUGGGAAUUGUAUUAUGAAAUUAGUCAAAAACUCCAAGACAUGGAGAUUUGUUUGAAACUCAAGCUAAAAUCAUUCAAUUCUCACUACCAGCACGAUUCAACAAUUCAGGCAGUAAAAUUACCACAGUUAACAAUUCCAAUAUUUGACGGAAACCAGCUGAAGUGGGUAGAGUUUCGAGACCUGUUUACACAACUUAUAGACGAACAACCAUUCAAACCUAUCCAAAAGAUGUUCUACUUAACAACUAACUUGAUUGGUGAGCCCAAAAACCUGAUAAAGCAUUUGCCAGCAUCAGCUGAGAACUACAUUACCGCAUGGGAGAUUCUGAAGGCUAGAUACAAUAAUGGUAGAUUAUUAGUUACCGCAUUGUUAAACAAAUUAUUCGCAUUACCAGCAAUGACAACUGAAACUGCUUCUGGCCUUAAAACAUUGCAUGACAUUUCACAAGAGUGUUUAUUGGGACUUAAGGCGCAGAACAUUCCAGUCGAACAUUGGGACGUCAUAAUUGUUCAUAUGACGUUGAAGAAAUUAGACAAGAUCACACAAACAGCUUUUGAGCAGUCAUUAUCAAACAAUCGAGAGCUGAUCACUAUGAAGGAACUAUUUCAAUUUAUUGAACAAAGGUUCCAAUCGCUAGAAACAAUAAAUAAUAGCGCAUCAAUUAAAAAAUGGGUUAAGACAGUGGCUACAACUAACACUGCACCAGCUAAAUGUCCAAUAUGCAAGAGAGAUAAUCAUCCAAUUCAUCUAUGCAAGCAGUUCCUGGAUGACACCCCAGCUAAGAGGCUACAUCUCAUAAAAUCAUUGCAACGAUGUUUUAAUUGUCUAAAAAAUGGUCACUUCACAAAAGACUGCACAUCAGGCAGUUGCUUAAAAUGCAGCAAGAAACACAACACCUUGCUGCAUUUAGAAGGCACACUUGAAGCAUCCAUGAUUAAGAAGGCAUCAUUAUCAAAAAAUCCUGCUUCUCUGUUCUCCAACAAUCUCAACAUCCAAAAAAAUUAUGUGGUAUUAGGAACUGCACGUGUUGUCGUUAAAGGCAACAAUGGAAGAGAAAUUGAGUGCAGAGCAUUAUUGGAUUCCGGCUCCCAAGUCAACCUGAUAACCGAUCAAAUAAUUAAGAAGUUAGGUGAAAACCCGAAAAAGACCUCAGCAUGUAUAGAAGGUGUGGGGCAAAAAAAACAAGAUGCGCAACAACGAAUCAAUUUAGCUUUCUGGUCCAGAAUUAACGGAUUUAGCAGCCGAAUAGAGGCUUAUGUAUUACCUAAGAUUGUGUGUGACCAGCCGAGCAUUCAUAUUGAAAGCUCAAGCUGGAAAAUACCACAGAACAUCAAUCUGGCAGAUCCGUCGUUCAAUACCCCAAACAAAAUCGAUCUCCUACUUGGAGCUGAGUUUUCUCAUCAACUAUUGUCCAUCGGCCAAAUAAACCUUGGCAGAGGUCUCCCCAUCCUACAGAACACAUUGCUUGGGUGGCUUGUGGUGGGAAAAUUAUCUAACCAAAAUUCAAUUAUUUCACCACAAGUUUGUGGAAUAUGCUCUGAAGAUGAGCAAGAUACGAUGAAGGUUAUCGAGCGGUUCUGGCAACUGGAUGAACCAGAAAAGGCAAACAAAAAUCUGUCUCCUUCCGAAGAGUUGUGCGAGUCUCAUUUUGCAACUUAUAUGAAAAGGAAUCAAGACGGUCGAUUCAGUGUCAGAUUACCCUUCAAGCAAGAUCCAUCGUUGCUUGGUGAGUCAAAACACAUUGCCAUUAACAGGUUUUUAGCGUUGGAAAGAAGACUCGAUAAGGAUGUAAUACUCAAAACACAGUAUGUACAGUUCAUGAAUGAAUAUGCUGAUCUCGGACACAUGGAAAGGGUUGACAUCAACCAAGUUAAUCCUCAUUAUGUCAUCCUACAUCAUGGCGUUUUACGGCCCGAUAGCAGCACCACGAAAUUAAGAGUGGUAUUUGAUGCAUCGUGCAAGACGAGUAGUGGACUAUCGUUAAAUGAUACAAUGUUUACUGGCCCUACAAUUCAAGAGGAAUUGUUUGCGAUUUUACUUCGAUUCAGGUGCCCAAGAUUUGUCUUUUGUUCUGACAUUCAAAAAAUGUACAGACAAAUUAUUAUUCAGCCCGAAGAUCAAAGAUAUCAAUUAAUAGUCUGGAGAAGCAAUAUUAACGAACCCUUACAAUUUUAUCGAUUAAAAACAGUCACCUAUGGAACACGAUCAGCCCCAUAUCUGGCUACUAAAUGCUUACAACAGUUGGCGAAAUCUGAGUUGCAAAAAUAUCCACUAGGUGCAGCAGCACUAAGUAAUGACUUCUACGUAGAUGAUUGCCUAAGUGGAUCAAAUAGUCUCCAAACUGCCAAAGAUAUACAAACUCAGUUAAAAGGUUUGUUGGAAUCAGCAGGAUUCAAGCUAAGUAAAUGGUGUGCCAACCAUCCGUCACUUCUUCAAAAUAUUGCAAAAGAAGAUCAAGAAGUUGAUUUGGACUUUCAAAGUGACGACGCAACAUCAAUCAAAACAUUAGGAUUGACUUGGCAACCAAAAGAAGAUCAAUUUCGCAUAAAAUUAAAACUGGAUCCACUAAAAAUCAUUACUAAAAGAACCAUUACUUCGAACCUAGCCAAAAUUUUCGACCCAUUGGGACUACUAGGUCCAGUACUCGUAACAGCAAAAAUACUAAUUCAGGACCUAUGGCAACUACAAUUAACAUGGGACGAAGCAGUACCAACCGAAAUAUACACUAGGUGGACUACCUUUUAUGACGAUCUACAAGUACUAGAUCAAUUUAAAAUAGAUCGUCAUAUAUUCGGAAAACAGAUGCCAGCACUUGAAUCAAUACAAUUGCACGUAUUUUGUGAUGCUUCACAAAAGGCAUACGGAGCCGCAGUCUAUGUUCGAGCAAAACUAAUGGAUGGUCGACUAAUAAAUCGAUUGUUGUGUUCCAAGUCUCGUGUUGCUCCACUCAAAAAACAAACGAUUCCAAGGUUAGAACUGUGUUCAGCUCUAUUAGGAGCGACAUUGAUGAAAAAGGUUAAGAACAAUAUAAAUCAUGAUGUAGCAACAUAUUAUUGGACUGAUUCAGAAAUCGUUCUAUUCUGGAUCAAUUCUUCAUCAGCAAGGCAUCAACAAUUCAUAGCAAAUAGAAUCAAUGCAAUUCAGGAAAUUAGCUUGCCUAAUCAAUGGCGUCACGUAAGAUCUAAGGACAACCCAGCUGACUCAUUAUCACGGGGUAUCAAGCCAGCUCAAUUACUCGAAAAUAACUUGUGGUUAUACGGUCCACUCUUUCUUCAUGGUUCCGAAAGCAACUGGCCUGGCAAAUUCAAUAAAACUCUCUGUAUUGAUCCGGUGAAUCCUGAAUGGAAACAAACGACAAGGGAAGUGGCCUUAAUCUCAACUGAUUACGAUAUCCAUUGGAUCGAUAGAAUCAAUCACAGGAAUUCAUUUAGAACUCUACUACAUACGGUAGGAUAUAUGCUGCGAUUUGUAAAUCGGGCAAGGCGAACCAAUUUAAGCAAUAUCACUAUGGCUCUAAGCCCUAUGGAACUGGAGCUGUCACUCAGGCAUAUAGUGAAGUACAUACAACAGUCAGAACUAAAAGAAGAAUUAAUUCAGUUAGAACGCAACCAAACAGUAAAACCUGCAAGUACACUUGCUGGACUGAUGCCAUUUUUAGAUGAACACAAGAUAAUUCGCGUGGGGGGAAGGUUAGAAGCAUCAUCACUUACAUAUGAUGAAAAGCAUCAGAUAGUCCUUCCAUACAAUAACCCUAUUGUAAAACUGAUAAUGAAAGACAUACAUGAACGAAAUAUACACUGCGGCGGUCAAGCACUGCUGGCAGCAGCGAGACAAAAAUUUUGGCCGAUCAAGGGUAAAAUUAUGGCAAGAUCAACUAUUCACCAUUGUGUUCGUUGUACUAGAUGUAAACCAGUUACUUUUGAACAAGUCAUGGGAAGUUUACCAAGGCAUCGAGUACAGCCAAACAGGCCAUUUUUUAAUACCGGAGUUGACUUCUGUGGGCCUUUUUGGGUGCAUUAUAAGGUGAGAGGAAAACGUCCGCAUAAGGCAUACCUAGCAGUUUAUUGUUGUUUUGCGACAAAGGCAGUACACUUGGAACUGGUAAGCGACUUGACAACAGAAGCAUUUAUCGGAUCAUUAAAACGUUUUAUCGCACGACGCGGAUGCUGCCAAAAUAUAUACUGUGACAAUGCAACGAAUUUUGUCGGUGCCUCUAACAAGUUGCAGGAAUUAACAACAACAAUCCAUUCCAAUGUAGCUCAGGAACAAAUAACAAAAACUUGCAGCAACAAGGGAAUAGCAUUUCACUUCAUCCCUCCUCGUGCACCUCAUUUUGAUGGACUAUGGGAAGCAGCGGUUAAAUCAGCAAAGUACCUAUUGGUCCGAAGCGUUUCAACUGAAACGUUAACGUACGAGGAACUCGAAACCGUCAUUAUAGAAAUAGAAGCUAUUUUAAACUCACGACCUUUAACACCAAUGUCGUCUAAUCCAAAUGAUUUGCAGGCUCUCACACCAGGUCAUUUCUUAGUUGGUGAUGCACUAACAGCACCCGUAGACGCAACAUGUGAAAAGGUAAAAUCAUCUCUUUUGAAUAGAUGGAAUCUGGUUGCACACUUAAAACAAGAGUUUUGGAAAAGAUGGCGGGCAGAGUACCUAAUGGAACUACAGGUUCGAAACAAGUGGCGUGAAGAAUGCAAAAACAUUGAAGAAAAUACACUGGUGAUCCUUAAAGAAGAUAAUGUACAACCUUUGCAAUGGCCUUUAGGGCGAAUAAUGAAGACAUAUAAGGGUAAUGAUGGAUUUAUACGAGUCGUAGAUGUCAAAACCGCAACAGGCAUGUUAAAGCGACCAAUUCACAAACUAGCCCCCUUAUUUCCUGAAAACAAACCUAUUAAAACACAGGAGAAUCGCCAUAACAAAGAAGAACGAAUGGACAAUGAGAUAGUCCCACGAAAACAAAGACGUGUGUCCUCCAAUAUAAAAUUAACUACAGUACUGAUAUCUCUACUUUUACUCCCGAUUGUUCUUUGUUCACCAGUAAACGUAACUGAACUUCGCUCCGCUCCUGGCCUACAUUUUGAACAAAUACAAACUACUCCAUAUCAUCCACAGGCAAAUGGCUCUUUGGAAAGAAGUCAUCGUCCUAUAGCGGAAUUUUUAAGAAGUUUCGUUAAAUUGGAUGGCUCCAACUGGGAUGAGUGGUUGCAUCAUGCGAUGCAUGUUCAUAAUAACACUGUGCAUUCUGCAACAAAGCAGACACCAUCAAAAACACUAUUAGGGUUCGAUUUCGAGAUUCCUAUAACAUUAAAAAGAAAACCAACACCAUUAUACAACCACGACGAUUUUUCAAAAAUCUUGAAAUAUCAAAUUCAACGCUCAUACGACGUGGUUCGAAAAAAUCAGGAGUUGGCAAAACUUAAAGCAAAGAUAAACUAUGAUAAGAAUUCUAAAAAUAGAAUGUUCAAAGUAGGAGAUAGGGUAUGGUUGAAGAAUACAAGUAGAAGAAAUAAGUUUUCACCUAUUUGGGUGGGACCUUUCCCAGUAACAGAAAUUACUAGUCCAGUAAAUGCUAAGCAAUUCGAGGAAAAAGAUUUAGAAAACCAUCUAGAUUCGCAUAAAUGGUUGUUUGAGAAAGCACAUCGUAUUAUUAGUAAAAUAGACAAUACAAAAGAUAAGGGAAUAUCUUACGAAAACAUAAGCAUAAAACCCAAUAAAAACUGCAUAAAACGACCAGUACCAAAAACAGAUAAAGAGUGGGCCCGACAAUAUAGGCAAGAAUUUAGAGAAUUGUGGAAUUAA